GGGUGAGAGCGGGCCGGAAUUAAGUCCCUUCCAUUGGCUUCUUAUCCCCAGAGGAGGCUCGGGUUCUGAACUAUAGUCAGUGUCAGGCUUAUUAAAUGUUGAUGCUUUUCAUAAGGCAUUUUCAUAAUAUCACUGAAACACCGAAACGUUUAAGCGAGGGAGAUGGAGAUGCUUUCUGUUCUGUUGAUAUGCGUCCUUAAAACCAUGGUGCACUUAGGCAAUGGACAGCAGGAUUUACGCGCGCCUGUUGGACCCUGGAGACACAAAAUCGAGUGGGAAAACAACGGACGGGUUUUCAGUUUACUGAGCACAGGAACCGAGUACCUCUCACCCGUCCAGCGAAGGAGACAGACUCGGCUUCUCCUGACAAGCAACGGGGGGGCAAGCCGACUGCGCCACCCCAAUGUAGUCGCCAGAUCACCCAGGAGGCACAGGGGUCAAAUGGUCUCGUUGGUUCUUGGCGCCGAAGCGGCACACUAUUUACCUGCAACUGACCCAAGAAGUCAGCACCCAGCCGGCAUCACACCCACAAGAGAAACGGGCAACGGACCACAGCCCUCUCCUGCGAUUGAAUACUCGGGUGUUGGGGUACCAUGGGGACGAGGUGUCACCGGAGACGAUAGUAGCAGCGUGCCGGUUCGAACGCAAACCCCCACCGCGUCGCCAUCACGAUUACCAGCCACGCUUGGCACCAAUUUGACAGACCUGUUGGAGAACCCAGGAACCAUUGCACCCACACACACCGAAGCGGGACGGACGGAUAGUGAUGGUGGACCAGGUAUUCAGAAGUUGCGCACAGGAGUCGUUGGCAACUUGUCGAGAGCGCACGCAUUACGCAGAGGUAUACCGGAGUCUGGCAUUUCCCCGACACCUCUAUCUGAUAACGCGAUAGAGACGCACGUUGCUGGUGUACACCCAGAAGCAGUACCAACCUCAGACAACGUGGGUACCCAUGAAAUAGACCCACGUGGCAAUUUCAGAAACUCUGUUUACUACGGUGUCCAGCCGCCUGCCGGUAGGAGCCGCUCAGCCGCGCGCCAUCCAACGGGAACGGGCCAUGUCACCCGGUUCUUCCGUAAUGGUCUACCGGACCUGGUUCCUGACCCCUAUUACAUCCAAGCUGCCUCCUACAUUCAAAGAGUGCAGAUGUACGCUUUACGCUGUGCCGCGGAGGAGGGCUGCCUCACCAGAUCAGCGCACCGAGCGAGUGACCUGGACUACAGGGUUCUGCUGCGCUUUCCUCAGAGGGUGAAGAACCAGGGAACCGCUGACUUCCUGCCCGCCAAGCCCAGACACGAGUGGGAGUGGCACAGCUGUCACCAACACUAUCACAGCAUGGAGGCCCUCAGUAACUACGACCUUCUCGACGUCAGCACGGGGAGGAAGGUGGCCGAGGGGCACAAGGCCAGCUUCUGCCUGGAGGACACUUCCUGUGACCCGGGAGUGCGGCGUCGCUACGCCUGCACGGCUCACACGCAGGGGCUCAGCCCAGGCUGCUAUGACACCUACCACGCCAGCAUCGACUGCCAGUGGAUCGACAUCACAGAUGUGGUCCCCGGGAACUACAUACUCAAGGUCACGGUGAACCCAUCUCAGCUGAUCCCGGAGCAGGACUUCUCCAACAACGUGGUGCGAUGUGACAUCAGAUACACUGGCACCUUCGUCCAGACGCGCAACUGCAGAAUCUCUGUGAGCUAAAGCAGAGUACUGGACUACAAAAAGAAACGAAAACUACAACCAAUAUAGCCAUACUAUAUAAUGUUAUAAUCUUUUUUUAGAGUUUGUCCAUAAAUCAAUUUCACCUGAUACUUUUAGGUGAGCUGUGUGUGUGUGUGUGUGUGUGUGAAAACUGUAUCCUACAUAUUUGCAUGUGGGCAGUUAUAUAGUUCAUAUUAUUGUUCCCAUUCUCUAGAGUAGCCUUGCACCUCUAGCACAAUGCUGGCCCAAUAAAAACAGUUAUUUAAAUACAAGGUGUUUGUUUAUGGAAGGAUUUUCUACUAUUGAAUUUUAUAAUAAAGUUUAUUGUCUGUUAUAAUAAAGGUAACACGAUUGUACUAUUUAAUCAGGUUUACAUGAUGUUUUUUAUGAAUAAAGUUUAUGGUGGUGUUUUAUAAUACCAUUUAUGUGAUUGCAUUUUAUA